AUGAUGCCUUUUGCUGCUGACAGCUCGAACGAGCAGAACAACAACGGCGAGCAAGGAGGAGAUCUCUCCGAGAAUGACGUUACUCAGAAAGAAGCCAUUAAAGUUUGUGUUCGGAUACGGCCAAUGAGCAAUAAAGAGAAGAAAAGAGGAGAUGAGUUCGCUUUGGAGUACGAUAAUGUUUCUGUCAAUGUAAAUUCAAAUGCCGCACACAAGCCUAAGGGCAAUAAUAGAGAUAAGGGUUUCACGUUUGAUCGGUGUUUUGGACCUGAUUCAACCCAAGAUGAAGUUUUUUCAGAGUCAGGAAUUUCAGAUCUGUUAAAGUAUGCAAUUGAUGGUUAUGCAUCUACAGUUUUUGCAUACGGUCAAACUGGGUGUGGAAAGACAUACACAAUUGUGGGUGAGGAUGAUGCACCGGGAAUUGUCCCUCGUUCAGCAAUCUAUAUUUUCGAUUAUUUGAAUCAAAUGAUGUCAAUACCUGAGGAAACUCACCAGAUUCGAGUUAGAAUGAGAGUAUCUUGCUUGGAAAUUUAUCAAGAACAAGUGAACGAUUUACUUAAUCUAAGAUCUGUAAAUUUACCAGUCCGAUGGAGCAAUAAGGACGGAUUUUUUGUUGAAAAUUUAUGUCUAGUUGAAGUUGAAAAUCUUGACGAGCUGAUGACAGUGUUUAACGAAGGUGUUUCGAACAGAAAGGUCUCGUCUCAUGAGCUGAAUAGAGAUUCCUCAAGAAGUCAUUCAAUUUUUUCAAUACAUUUUGAUAUUUCAUCCACAGAUCCAAUUGAUGGUUUCCAAAGUAAGAGAUAUGGAUCGAUUCGAUUUGUUGAUCUGGCAGGAAGUGAAAAACUUAAAAUAUCUAAAUCGAAAUCUGUGACAGAGACAUCCAGUAUUAACAAAUCACUAUUAACUCUAGGAAAAGUAAUUAGUUUAUUGAGCUCACCGAAAAAAGACAAUCCCUAUAUACCCUAUAGAGAUAGCAAAUUAACGAAGUUACUAAUGGACUCUUUAGGAGGAGAAAGUAAGACACUCAUGAUUGCAUGUUUAACACCUUCUGCAAAGUACGCAGAAGAAACGCUAAAAACACUCAUCUAUGCUUCAAGAGUCAAAAAAAUCAAGAACAUUCCCAUUUCAAAGAUGGACCCUAAAGAGAAGUAUAUUUUGAAACUAAAAGAAGAGAUUAAACUUCUACGAGAUGAAGUUGCACUUUACAAAGCGAAAGCACUCACAACAUCCCCAAAAACAGAAAAAAGUUUUAGACAAGAGAUCAAAUCGUCUGUAGUGGAAUUUCCUCUAGUGGAGAGGAAGAGGGUAUCAGCUAAAAACUUGGAUUCGCUAACCAACGAGCCCCUCUUUGAAAGUAAGCUACCUCCCAUCACUGGUGGUGACAAGAGAAACCUAAUUGCUAAGGUUGAGGAAGAUGUGCGAGGUCUGAAUGGCCUUUUGAAGAUUGUGGAGAGGAAUGAUGAGAACGAGGACGAAGAAAUCAAACGAGUUCAAAUUCACAACAGCAUUGAGAGUCUUAAAAGUUUAUUGGAAGAAGAACGACACAUGCAUUUGGAAAAAAUUCCUCAACUUAAAGCGAAAAUUAAAUUACUUACGGAAGACAACAAACGAUGGAAAAGAAUUGUUCGACAAAAUAUGGAUUUUGACGCAGAAGAUUAUGAAAAGCUUAAGAUUGAAAAUAAGUAUCUUAAACAAUAUAUAGCGUCAAAAGGUUUAGAUCCUUAUGAGGGAACCUCUUUGAAGCGAGACACAGAAGCUGCCAACAGAACAGAAUCUCUAAAUGACAAUCAGGAAACGCCUCCGCCUGUCGUUGAAGAUUUCGAGGAGCAUAAUGGACGUUCCUCCAGUCAGGGGUCUCAUUCUAACUCUGAAAGCCAUGACGACGAUAUUGAGUCAAUUGUAGAUGUUAUUUAA